AUGUUUACAGAGACCAAAGAAUUUGCUCAGGCGGAACGCGGUAAUGUCUUCCUAAAGCAGCUGCAUGUAUGUUUAGCGCUGUCCUCUUCUCCGGCUUGGCGCCGAAUUCCAUCUCUCCGCGCGCGCGCUCGCGCUCGCUCUCUGGAACGAGCGAACAAGCCAGCGAGGGCGCGCGCGCGCGGGGGUGUCCCUCCUCCGCAGUUUGGAGUUUGUGAUGUGUCUCAGACUCCGCGAGCGCCGCGCGAGAGCGAGACCUGCGGAGCGAACGCGCCGGAUCCUGAAGCGACCGUUACCCUCCAACAGGCGACCUGCCUUUCUCCUUCCCGAUUUCCCCCGUAUUCCCUCACAGUGUUCCUUGCACUAGCGCUUUCUUUCAGCGCCGGCGCACUUUUUGGUUUAUCACAGGUGCGUUUGCUAUCCUUUGACGUACUUUUCUCACUCACUGGGAAUUUACGGACAUCUGAGGAUCGUGUGGAUGCGCGGCUUUGGAGAGAAGCGGAGAUGGAAUUGUUGAUAAUAUGCCUUUCUUUUGGGAUAUUGCAAUGCAGUUCGGUGGGAGCCGACUCCAUCAUUCACAUCGGUGCCAUUUUUGAGGAGAACGCAGCACGGGAUGAUGAGGUGUUUCAGUUGGCGAUCUCUGACCUCAGCCUCAACGAUGACAUUUUGCAGAGCGAGAAAAUCACCCACUCCAUAAAAUAUAUCGAACCCAACAACCCCUUUCAGGCAGUCCAGGAAGGCUUCCACCUGAAGCUUCCCCACAGUCUAGUGUCUUCUGUGAAAGAAGAGCUAGGUGGAGGUAUUGAGUCAAGCUGGGCUCGAUAA